AUGCCGGCCGUCGCCCCGCCGUCGCCAAGCAAACGGGCCCGCGCGAUGACAGGCGGAGAGUCGCGGGAGACAAAAACUCCGCGGCUCGACCAGCCCCGGAUCCCGGCCCUCGACGUCAACCUUGUCACCAGGCAGCCGUCUGAUCCCGGGCCGACCUCCGCCAGGCCCUUCAACACCAGUCACCGUAUACAGUCAGCAGCGACGCCCGUCCUGACGCCCACGGUAGCGCCCACUACCAUCCAUCCCGAGGUGACGCAGUACACGUUCUCCCCGGCCGAACACUUCAAGCAUGGGCCGGUCGUGCUGGGCGAGAACCUGGGGCGCGCCAUCAUCGCGCACGACAGCGGCGCCGUCAGGCUGAUCGACUACCGCAGCCUUGCGUGGCCCACGACAUACGAGAUCGCACGCGGGGUUACUCAAGGCCGGUGGUCGUGGCAGGAUGUCACGCCGAGUCGGCUGGAUCGCCUCAAAGGUUUGGGCGCGGAUACUGCGCCGAAGGUAGGAGCGGUUAUGAAGGAUCUGGAUCUCAAGGGAAGGGGAACUGGUUCUGCGGCAGUGGGAUCAGAAGUUUGGUCCGAAUACGAUAGGGAAGAAAAAGCCAUCGUCGAAAACCGCGGUCGUGGUCUCGGUUUGAUGGGCGAGUGGGAAGGGAAGCAUAGCUGGUAUGGCGGCAAGAUCCAGCAGGUCAUCACUCUACGCGUCUCAGGAAACCCAGGGCAAGAGCGUUACGAAUUUGAGCUUGAGAAACCCAAGAUCUCUCGCUCUCACCGCCUCUCGCGCUUCCUCGGCUCUCGGCGUCUAAUCCAGAUGCGAAUCCCGGAGCAGACAAUGUGGAACUACGGCGCGCGCAUAACCGAGUAUCUAUCGCGUCACUCGUUUGUGUUGUGCGGUCGCGUAUUUAUCCCCGUUCACGCAAAGGAGAACUCUGUUUACCUGGUCGAGACUGAUCAGGAUCAUGAACGUUCCCCGCGCCCUGACCAGAAAGGAGAUCAGUAUCGAUAUUCGCUGGCCCAGAUCGUUCAAUGGCACAACGAUAUCGUUGCCAAUCAUAAGCAGCCUAUCAGCAAGUGGUCGACUCGGUGGGCGUUAGCGCUUUCGACGUCUGUGCCGGGCAUGGAGUUCUCUCCAGAAAACGUGUUCUAUAUGGACGAUGUUUACUCUCCCGAAGCGUCUGGCAUGAAGAAGGCUCCAGCCGAGUUAACCAUGACCGACGGAUGCGGCUGGAUCAACGCGGCCGCGCUCACCCAGCUCAUGCGAAACAUGGGCCUCAGCAGCCGCCCGACGGCCAUCCAAGCGCGUCUCGCAGGUGCCAAAGGGAUGUGGCUCCUGCACCCCGACCCCGCCGAACAGCUCAUCGACGGGCCCGCGAAGAUCUGGAUCCGGUCCUCGCAGAACAAAAUCGCCAGCCCGCCAGCCGACCGCGGGCACCUCGUGCUCGACCUGCUCGCGCCGUCGCGCGUGACGCACCCGAGCCGGCUCUCGCAGCAGACCAUCGUGAACAUGGCGCACAACGGCGUGCCCGAGACCGUGUUCACCGCGCUCAUGGCGGCCGGGCUCGACCGCGAGGUGCAGCAGCUCACGCAGUGGGACGGCCCGAACGCGCUCGUCGCGGUGUGGCGCGCAGUCGAGCGCGCGGGCGGGGUGAGCUUUACGCGCGUGCGCAGGCGCAUCGCGGGGCAGGCGAGGGCGCUUGGGCUGGGCCGCAUGAGGCCGGACGAUAGGGACUCUGAGGCGCCUGCUGAUAUUGAUACGGACGACGAGGACGCACAUGUGCUUUCUAGCGGGGUCGAGGGUGGUGCGGCGGGGGAGCCUGCGCAGCCGCCGUCGGUGUAUGAGGCGGCGAUGCAACUGCUGCAGUCUGGGUUCCGCCCGCAAAACCUGGAUGUGCUGUACGACAAGAUCCGCAAGAUCGUGACGAUGGUCAUUGACGACUACGUCAAGUCGCUGCAUAUCCCGAUUCUGGAGUCUGCGGAGGCGUAUAUUGUCCCUGACCCUUAUGGUGUUCUUAAAGAGGGGGAGAUAUACUUCCGCUCCUCUGAUGGGUUCAAGGAUCCGGAGACGGGUGCGCGUUUUGAUAUUCUCAAGGGUGACGUUCUGGUGCUGAGGAAUCCUACGAGACUCCCGUCAGAUGUCCAGAAGGUGCGCGCGGUGACUUACCCCGAACUCGAAAAAUACUACGACGUUAUUAUUUUCCCGACAUGUGGAGCUCGUUCGCUGGCUAGCUAUCUUGGCGGUGGUGACACGGUUCUGGUAGUCUGGGACAAGCAGCUCGUCCAGCCGUUCAAUAGUACUCCGCUCUACGAGGAGCCACAGGGUGUUAGAGACGCAUUCGAACGAAACGUGGAAACAGUCCGCGAUUUUGACAAGCGUAUCCGUGGACUGCCACGGGCGGAUGCAGAGGCAGAGUUCCAGAAGAUUCUGUUGCUCGGUCUCUCCGAAACAAAAGUUGGCCUCUACUCGAAGUUCCAUGACAUCGCGGUGUUCACCACUUGCUUGGAUGCGAGCAAGACUGGUCUUCGCGUGAAGACGACCGAAUUCCAUCGCCACCGCACCAUGGCUGGUAACCGGCAGCCUCGCUAUAUUAGAGAUCUCACGGACCAUCGAAACUCUGACGACGCCCCUUGCAAGAGAGACAAGGGGCAGAAGCCAUUCAUCCUCGACGUCUUGGUCGAUGAAGGGCGUCGCAUGCGCGACGCGUUUUUGACAAAGUAUGACGCUCGCAAGCAGACCAUGGGCGAGAGACACGACCGGGACCUUCUCAAGCCAGUCGAAGAUGCUGAGAAGAUGGCCGCGGCCAUGGAACGUGAAGGUAUCCCGUUCUAUUCCAGCAACUUGCAAGAAAUGGAACGCCAUAUCGACACCUUCUACAAGAGGUGGAUCGUCCUCAUCGACGCGUCCAAAUCCUCUUCCUCCUCCCGCAGCCGCUCGCCUGCCGACAAGUCGAAGACGAAUGAUCCGUGGGACGCGCUCGCGCGCGACUUUGCAAAGGUGCCACCUUUCCAGUCCCUCCAGUGCUUUCCAGACGCGGAGGUGAAGUGCAUUAUAGCGUCGCGCGCGUACCGCAGGUCGCGCAAGUUCGCGUUCAACGCGGCGUUUUUGACGCUGUGCUCUAUCAAGGCGAGAGCGCUGGGGUGCGUGCCGUUCACGACGCAGUUCGCGGAGUCGAUGAGCGUGUCGGGGGCGGUCGCACGCGCGCUGGAUCACACGCUCGCCCAGGAGGGGGAGUGA